AUGGACCCUGCAAGAAGUGCAGCUCUCCGUCGGCUCUUACUGGUAUCUUUGGGCCUGAGUCUUCUCGCGACUCUCAAACCCACGGAGCACAUCAGGCCCUCGAACCUGUCCAGUGCGGUGAAUGUCACUGAAAAUGUGCCUUCGAACAUCUCAACGCCAGCUGUGCACAGUUCAGAGCCCCUGGACACUCCCCCAACGCGACAAACGCCCGUGCAGAAUCACAUCUACAAGCUGGAGUCUGGCGUUGGCGACCCCUCCCAGGAAGCUUUCAGACUGGAUCAGGAGCUGUUGGCCCGCGGCUGGGACGCGAAGAGAUAUCCCUGGCGCAUGAUUCAGCAGGGCGCAUCUCGCAAGGCCAUACUCUACGGUACGGCUUGGGCCCAGCAGAUGAUUUGGGAUCAUCAACAUCCCAGAGAUUGUCGCGACGCCAAGGUCUUAAUAUUUCGAACGGGACCCAGUGGAAUUGGAUCUAUGUUGCAUCAGCUUGGUCAAGCCUUGGCUUUGGCCAUGGAGUUGGACAGAGUCCUAGUGGUCCCUGUCAAGGAUACACUGCUUCAGUACUAUGACAAGAGAUUUUGCCCUGGCGCCCACAGCUGGCAGUGCUGGCUCCAAGAGAUUGGUCCCUGUGCGCAUGUGCACGGGGAUGUCAUGAAAGUAGACAAGCCCUACACGCAGACUACCCGGCCUGUGCCUACACGCUUUCAUGAGAUGUUGGCACAGUCUCCCAUCAAGAAGGACUUCUGGCUUUACUGGUGGCGGGCUCAAUCCAUCACGUAUCUACUUCGCUUUCAGGAACGGACGAGGCAUGCGAUUGACAAGUUGAGAUCUGAGUCGUUGGUCUCCUGUGGGCGUCACGUAAAUUCGUCCGGCAUGCUGGCCGCUGGGAGCAUGGCGACCUUUGUGCGCCACGGCUUCAAAAGCAGGAGUGACUACAUUCGUGGGAUGCAGCGGCUUGCAGCGGGGCGACAAGAUUUGCGCAUCUUGCACCGCGAGGUGGCUGAGAGCAACGCCAGCUUUCAGUAUCCAGCUGAGUCCUUUGCAGCACGAAAUAUCUUUGUGUCAACGGAUGACCCAGAUGUGAUCAAAGCGGCCCAGAAGCUGUGUAAUCGGGGAUGGAACGUAACUUAUGUUGAGAAGAGGCGGGGGAACUAUGAUCCCUGGAUGCAUCUGAGACCGGGCAAGGCCGCCAGAAGAGAAGUCCUGUCAGCAUUCAUGAACCUCGAAUUAGCCUUGGAGUCCGAUGCCUGGGUGUGCACCCUCUCUUCCAACUGGUGCCGCCUGAUCGACGAGCUUCGCAUGACAGCUGCGGCCAAAGCGUCUCAACCGUUUCUAAACUUGGAGAAGGUGCCUUGCAAAGCAGGCAAGCCGCAAUGCUACUUAGGCUGGUAA